UAGGCGAAACCCCGCAACAAAAGAGUUUCCCCCUCCGCCUCCGAAUCCCAACCCCACCGCCGCCGCCGCAAACCGUCUCGCCGUCGCCUCGCACCGGCGGCGAGAAUGGCGAAGAAGAACAAGGAGCCCGCGUCCGACGACGCCGCGGCCAUCCGCACCCUCUUCUCCGCAGACAACCCCUUCCGCCGCAAGCCCUCCGACGACCAGCCCGCUCCACCGGCGCCCACCGCCGCGGCGCCCCGAGGCAAGCACCCCGAACCCGAGGUCGCUGAGCCGUCCGCGAAGUCGCGCAGGGAUGAGCCCCGGCGCAAGAGGAAGCGGGACGAGGUCGAGGCCGGCCACGAGCGGCGGAGGCUCGGCGGCGCACCCGCGCCUCCUCUUCCGGUCGUCGGGGAGAAGAGGAAGGUGCCCGAAGAGGUGGCUGCGGCGGCGGGGGCAGGGCAAGAGGAGGAGGAGGCGUUCGACGACGAGAGCAAGCUGCUGAGGACGGUCUUCGUGGGGAACCUGCCGCUCAAGACCAAGAGGAAGGCGCUCACCAAGGAGUUUGCGGCGUUCGGCGAGAUCGAGUCCGUCAGGAUACGCUCCGUGCCACUCACCGACACCAAGAUUCCAAGGAAAGGAGCCGUCAUAAAAGGAAAAAUCAAUGAUUCUGUCGACAAUGUACAUGCCUAUAUUGUGUUCAAAGAUGAGCAGGGUGCACGUGCUGCUUUAUCUCAUAAUAUGGCCCUGUUUGAUGGCAAUCAUGUCCGUGUCGAUAUGGCAUGUCCACCUCGUAAGAAACUUAAAGGCGAAGGACCUCUUUAUGACAGAAAGCGGACAGUUUUUGUUGGUAAUCUUCCGUUUGAUAUAAAGGAUGAAGAGGUGUACCAAAAGUUCUGUGGUUCCAGUGGUUCAGAAGGUGAUGUUGAAGCUAUACGUGUUGUUCGAGAUCCAGAUACAAGUCUAGGAAAGGGUAUCGCCUAUGUUUUGUUCAAGACAAGGGAGGCUGCAAACACUGUCGUAAGAAAACAGGAUUUCAAGAUUAGAGAUCGCCUUCUGAGGCUUGCACAUGCAAAAUCAGCUGAUGCAACACCAAAGAAGACGACGGAUGCUGGCAAAACAAAGGGUGGAUCGAAACACAAGACAGCUUUAACACCAAGCAGCAAAUCCCAUGAAGGCAGUGACAAGACCAAACGGAAGGCGUCAACUUUGUCAUACCAAGGCCUUAGGGCAAGCAAAUCUGGUGUGGUGAAGAAGGCGAAGGUGAGCCAGCGUCCAAGUUACCAGGGGAAGCAGCAAGGCAGGACUAGUGAGACAGGACAUGAUGCUAGUUCUCAAAAAGCCAAGCGCCCUGCUGUUGCAGCAAGGAAGGCAAAGCAACUAGCCAAGAAACGCAAGUUGGAUGCUCAAACUCCUGAAAAUACACAUCGGAGCAAAAAAGCAAAGAAGUAACCAUCCUUAACUUGAAGAUUGUCAUCCUGUCUUUGUACAAGGGGGUUGAGUCAGAUUUUGGACAAAAUGAGCUCCUGACAUUGUUAAACCCCAUGCAAGAGUGAUCUUGAAAUGCAAGGCUGAUACAAAUUCGUAGUACUGUAUUACUUAAAUUAAAGUUUGCGCUCAUGUAUACUGACAUUAAUGUUGUUUUUUCCCUGUAACAUCGUGCACUGAUAUCAUUCAUUCUGCUUUUGAUUGAAAUAUUUGCAUUUUAGCUUUGGUUGCUGCAUA